AUGAGCGUUCGGGUCGUUGCACGUGUACGACCACUUCUCAAGUCCGAACGCGACCUCGAUGUUAUUCUUCGCACAGGUGCCUCGACAAGCGCCACAGAUGUCAAGUCACGCGAGUCCCUGACCCUGACCGAUGAUCGCAAAUUGGCCGCGUUGAGAGACCGGGAUAAUAUCGUUCGCAUCCCCAAUCCAAAGAAUGAAGGCGAGGAAUAUUCCUUCCAAUUCAAUGCGGUUUACGACGCCGAUGUCACGCAACAGGAGCUUUUCGACGCAGAGGUUGCUCCCACGAUUAAGCAUCUUUUCAGUGGAUUCGAUGUCACCCUAUUCGCAUACGGUGUCACCGGAACCGGCAAGACACACACGAUGCGCGGCGGUAAAAGCCUCGCGGACCGAGGUGUCAUUCCCCGACUCCUGAGUGGCAUUUAUAGACGCAGCCGGAAACUGGAAAAGGAGAGUAAUGGAGAGACAACCGUGCAGGUCUCACUGAGUUACUACGAAAUAUACAACGACAAGGUCUUUGAUUUGUUCGAGCCGCCUGAGAAGCGCACAUUGGCGGGGUUGCCGUUGCGAGAUAAUGGGGGGAAGACCGUCGUUUGUGGACUGACGGAGAAACCGUGUACAAGUCUGAAGGAGUUUGAGAGCCUAUAUGACCAGGCCAACACUAAUCGCUCGACAUCCGCGACAAAGCUCAAUGCGCACUCGUCACGAUCGCAUGCAAUUCUUGGUGUCAAAAUCACCGUGACGACUCCGGAAAAGACUCGCGUCAGCACCGCCUCAGCGAUUGAUCUUGCUGGCUCAGAAGAUAAUCGGCGAACGGAGAAUGACAAAGAGCGGAUGGUGGAGUCAGCCAGCAUCAACAAGAGUCUCUUUGUUCUCGCCCAAUGCGUCGAAGCGAUCACCAAGAAACAGAGCCGCAUUCCUUAUCGCGAGUCGAAGAUGACGCGAAUUUUGUCUUUGGGACAGAACAACGGUCUCACGAUCAUGAUCCUGAAUCUGGCCCCCGUGCGGUCUUACCAUUUGGACACGAUAAGUUCCCUCAACGUCGCCAACCGAACGAGAAAAAUUGAAGUGCGGGAAGUUGAGAAUGAUCCCAUCUUCAAGGGACCAGCGCGGCCUGCAAUGCGGCCAUCGCUGGCUGCUACACGAAAGCCUCUCCAACCGCUCACUGCUUCGCUUCACGUGAACAUGCCCAUGGCCGUCACCAAAGACCCAUCCAAGAAAGAUAACGAAAAACCCCUCAAGGCAUUCAAUAUCUACUCUGAUCGAACGCAAUCAAAGACCGUUGCACAAAUCCGGAAACCAGACGCCCCCAAGAAGACAUCACUCUCCGGAGAGGGGCAUCCAAUCCGUACACUCAAGCCUCCUCGCCCCAGCUACGCACCCUCUCAGCUCAACUACGGCGACAUCUCCGCCGCCCGAAUUGAGGAAAUGGUCGAGAAGAAGGUGGAGGAGAUUCUUGCGGUACGGGCUAUCAACGAGCAAUCACGCCAUACCCAGGUGCACGAGUUGAAUGAGAAACUUCAACGUCGAUUGGAACAACUCGAGCAACGAAUCGAGGGCACAGAGGAUGCUCGCGCCGAGGGGUUGUCAUACUUGCUCAUGGCCAAACAGCACCAGGCUCGCGGGGAACUCACCUCGGCACUAAGGAUGUACUCGCUAGCGCUGCCUCAUUUCCCGCACAAUGAGAAACUCGCUUCCAAGAUUGCGACUCUGAAAGAGCGCCUGCAAGGAAAGGCGAACAUUCGACAAUCCAUGGCUCACGUUUCACCUCCGAAGGGGAAAUUUGGGAGUAUGCUCAGUCUGAAAAAGGAGCCAACUGUAACACUCGGAAAGCGACAAGCGGAUGAGCUGGAGCUGGACAUGAUCAACGAAGCCAAUGGUGAUGAGUUGAUGAGUGAGGAAGACACCAUGUUUCCCCAAGCGAAAAAACGUGCGACGUCCAAAGCUCUCCAAUCCCAUGACCAUGACGAGGACUUGAGUGCACUGGACGACCACCAGGAUCCCGCAAUCUCUCCGCGGACCGUUCAUCUUCUCUCGAUCAUCAAUUCCCGCGACGUGAGCCAGAUCAGAUUAUUGAAGGGUGUUGGGGCCAAGAAAGCAGAGGCCAUCGUUGACUGCCUGUGUGAAAUGGACCAGACACUGCCAGACCCAGAGGAUGAAUCCACGUUGGAUCAGCAGUUUCAAGUGAGCAGUCUGGCUGAGCUGAGUACAUUGAAGGGGGUGGGGGUGCGGACGGUGGAAAAUAUGCGCAACGGAGUGCUAGUUUGA